AAGUCGUCUGGCCCAGGCUUCGAGACGCCAGGCCCAUGGCGCCGCCACAGCGGGUUCAGAUUGCGCGGCCCACUGCCGACCGAUGGCACGCGCUCGACUGGGUGUUGUGUCGUCACACCUGCUGCCGAUCGCGGCAGCGGCGGAGCAGCGCGUCGGAGUCACCUUUGACUACGAGGACAAGGUGUCGGUUCCUGCGCGACGGCGCACCAAGGUGCGCUGGCACGAACCCGUCCGCCGAGUGCUGCUCGUGAAGAGACGCGGCAGCCGCGAGGUUAGCUCUGUGGCCAAUGACGUCGCGCGCUGGCUGGCCUCGAAGGGCAUCCAGGUCAUAGUCGAGGUCGGCGAUCUCCGCGACUACCCCGAGGUGCCCGGGCUCUCCACGCUGUGCACCGAGGAGGUGGGCAGCCAGGCGGUGGAUCUGGUGGUGGCGCUGGGCGGCGACGGCACGUUUCUGCACGCGUCGCGGCUGCUAAGGUUUGUGCAGCGCGUGAACCACCUGCUGCCCCCCUGCCGCCGCAUGGGAUCCCUGGGCUUCCUCGCCACCGUCGCGGCGGCGGACUGGCGGCCCGCCCUGGCGCGCGCGCUGCGGGGGGACGUGGACCCCGUGCCGUGCACGCUGCGCACGCGGCUUAAGGUGUGCCUCCGCAGCCAGGAAGCGUCCUCGCCUUGGUAUGCGCUGAACGAGUGCGCCAUCUUGAGCAGGGGCGAGUCCAUCGGGAAGCUGCGCUUGUUCGUUGACGGCACCCUGGUGACCCUGGUGGAGGGCGACGGCCUGCUCAUCUCGACCCCGACGGGCUCCACCGGCUACAGCCUGAGCUGCGGCGGGCCCAUCGUGUCCCCCAGCGUGCCCGGCACGCUGCUGACGCCCAGCUCGGAGAACAGGAGACUCGAGCAGGGGAUCGACUGCAAAAUCGAUGUGCUCCAGAGUUGGUCUUCAUGUCGAACCUAUCGGAAAUAGUAUUACUUUAUACAGACGGAAUGCUCAGUACACCAUUUCCAUCCCCCACCUGUCGAGCAGUGGCGAAGCAUCCUGGCUUGCCCAUAGGCCCACCAAAUCAUGCCUUCAGGAGUACCAUGACGGUCGGUCCCUGCUCAACCUCGACAGGGAUUCUGUUAGCUCCCCCAGAGUACUCCACCCCUGGGCGGAGACGGGUGCCGUGAGGCCCUAACGAGACGGCACCCAUGCCCACCCAUGGUGGGGGCAGGCCGACUGGUGGGGCCACGGUUUCCCCGGUGCGGGUGGUGAUGACUUUACAGCCAAGACGCUGAAAGCAAGGCCAGGUGUGGUUCGGAAGGAGCUCGGUAUUCCGUGGGCUCUCCCAUGGUUUUUCCGCCAGCGCUCCUUAGCGCCAGAAAGGGCUUCGUUCAAACGUUCCUCUCGGUUAGUCCAGAGGAUCAACGGAGAUCGCCGCCACCGAGAUCCCGGAGGCUGUCGGUGGUGGUGGUGGUCUCUUGUUGCUCCGCCGAGUAGCGGCUUGGCUGCAGCUCUCCAGACUGGUGUGCCGCCUCUAGUUCUCCCGCCAUUGAUGGGCCUGCUUUCCAUCACCACCACCAUAUGAGUUUGAGGGGGGAGGGGGUCCUCCCCCUCUUCUUCUUCUUCUUCUCCUCCUCCUCCUCCUCCUCCUCCUCGUCCUCCUCCUCCUCCUCCACCUCCUUCCCCCCUCCAACUUCUGGUGGUGGUGGUGGACAGCGAGCCCAGCCGCCAUCGCGCCCGCGUCGCUCUCCUUCCGCGCGGUGAUGAUCAGCGAGCUGAGCUCCGGCGGCGCGAGGAGGCGGCAGGCCGGCGGGCCCUCCCGCGGCACCGCGGGC